UAUAAUAAAUAAUGAAAACUGAAAUACGCUUUCAAAGUGUAGACGGCGAGUAGUUAAGUCGUUCUGCUACAUCGAUUCGGAACUUCUAUUUAAAUUUACCUCGUCACGCAAGAGCAAUUAGUUGUUCGUAUAACAUAACAAAAAAGUUUCUUAAAUAUGGACAGAAGUCAGAUCAUUGAAUACGAAUUCGAAAAGCCAGAAGAUUGCAAUAAAGAGAGAUCAGCACCAGCUAUCUAAUAAAGACUGACGAUAAAUAAUUAAUAAAAGAGAAUUCAAGAUUUUGUUUACUCGAUAACAGAACUUUCUUAAAAUGUUUUAGUUUUCUUAUAGCAAAUAUUUUAAAUGAAAGACGAUUAAUCAAUGAAGAAAUUUAUAUUCUAUUAAUAUAGAAAUUUUUUUUUACGAAAUAACGAAAAUUCGAAUAACACAAACGAGUUAAAAAUGUGACAAAAAGGAUACUUCUGAUUUCAUAUUAUGUGAAGAAAGAAUAUAGCAAAAGAAAGUUAUAAAUAAUUUCCAAUAAUCGUCCUUUUGAAUUUUCCUUUAAAAUUACAAAAUCGAGUCUUGGAAGAUAUUCUCUCAAGUAUCACGAUAAACGUUUCUUUGAUCAUUUUGAUAAUCAAGGAAAACAUUUAAUGUUUCUUUAAUACUUUCAUCAAGAAACUUUCUUCAGCAAACGAGUGUAUAUUGACUUAAAGAAAGAAUAAAAAAAAAAAAGAAAAAAUCAUGUUGCCCAUCACGUCAACAUUUUACUUACACACAAGAUGCGAGCAAGAAUCUUCAAAUAUGGAUGUAUCUUCACGUUCUAGACGGUCUGUGUCACCAACCGUAUGGGCCAAUUUAACAUACCACGGGUUUCGAAACAGAAGUAUAGAACCGGGAUUAGAUCUCGAAGAGAAAUUCGAUAAUACAGCAAUAGAAGCUUGUCAUUCUUUGUACUUUCUAUUAGAUUUCUUUCAUCAGUACUACAUUCCUUCAAUUAUAUUACUAGGAUUGAUAGGCAAUCUGUUGUCUUGCAUUGUGUUCCUAAACACACAUCUAAGGAUACGAAGUUCCAGUUACUAUUUGGCCGCACUGGCCACGGCCGACUUCACUUUCUUGGUUACAUUAUUGUUAGUUUGGUUGAACAACACGUUAGGAUGGAAAGUGUUCAAUAAAGAUGGCUGGUGUGAAACGUUAGUCUACGUGAGCGCUGUUUGCAGUUCUCUUAGUGUAUGGUUAAUCGUUGCAUUUACCGUGGAAAGAUUUAUAGCGGUUCAGUAUCCUCUGCACAGACCCCAUAUAUGCACCAUAGCGAGGGCAAAGACUAUCGUAUUGGUGUUGGUGAUUUUAGCAUUGGCCAGUCACUCGUACUCAUUCGUGACGGCUGGAAUGGUCAUGAACAAAGACGGAGAGGAAUAUUGUGAUAUGAAAGUCGAGUACAUGGAAACAAUGAAGAUAAUCAGCAUCAUCGACAGUAUAGCUAGCCUAAUCGCGCCACUGGUUCUUAUCAUUGUGAUGAACACCAUGAUCACGAGGAACUUGUUGAGGUUUAGCAGACGGUUCAAACAAACAUCAAGCACGUCUACAGAUUGUCCAAGCAGAGAAAGAUCCGACAUCAAUUUGAAUCAAAUUCCGAGUGGUAGCAGUAGCAACAACGGUGCCGGUGGCAUGAAUCUAGGACCAAUGGUCGGAGGUCGACGGCCACCCUCGCAGCAAUCGUUUCAUUCGUCGAAGAAUAACCAUUCUCAUCAUUCUCGGCAUCAGACUACGUCCGCACCGCCAUCAACACCGAGGAACGCCUGUCAGCUACCCGAAAUAGGGAAUCGUUGUAUACAUAUUAGGUCAUCGUCGAAAAACCUUGUAUCCACGAGAAAUCAACAAAACAUCACGAAAAUGCUGCUUUUAAUCAGUACCGUCUUUAUUCUUCUCAAUUUACCAAGUUAUGUUAUACGGUUAUGUGUAUUCUUCUUCACGCUCGCCCGCAAAAAUACACCUGACCUGCUUUGGUGUAUACAACAGUUUUUCAUGCUUCUUUACUAUACCAAUUUCAGCAUCAAUUUUCUAUUGUAUGCUAUGUGUGGUAUUACGUUUCGACGUUGUUUACAGCAAUUGUUACGCAAAAUAUUGAAAAGUAUGACCAGAUAUCAUUGCAAUCCGCAACGAUACAUAUAGAAAUUAUAGAAAUAAUUUUUGGGCAAUCAUAGAAGAAUCACAAUUUCAGAAAGCGUGAUAUGAAUAGUAUCACGUGACUAUCAUGACGCUUCAGUCACGUGGUUAAAUAUACUAGUCCAACGAUAUCUUGUAUGUAAAAAGAUCGCGUCUCAGUCAUUUAUAACGCUGACUGUAUGUAACGUAUGUAGGUUAUGAAUAAGAGUUUCUGGAAAUAUGACAAUUAUAACCAAUUUACUCUAAGUUAGUUUCUUUCAAUGUAUACUCAGUGAACAAUGUAUUAUUCAGUGAUCUCAUAUUCCGGUAAUUGCCAUUUGAUUAUUUUAUGUUGCUAUUGAAAUAGGAAAUAAUUGAAAAGAAAAUAAAGUAAGUACAAAUCUCUGAAUGCUUGACGAUUGUUGGAUUAAUAGGAUAGAUUUAUUUCAUUUGUAUAAAUGAGAAUUAUGAGAGAUUAUUCACAUUAUAGACUACUUUUAAAAUUUUGUAUAAUAUGAAUGAAUAUAUAAUAUAUAUAUAAAUAAUAUGAAUGAGUCGAAGGUUGC